UCGAGGGCACUACUGAGCACUACUAUAAACCUGUAGCCUGUGUAGUGCACUUGUGUAGGGUUUAGGGAGUUAUUUGGGAUUUUGCCAUCUCCUGCUGUCUUUCCCGAGUGGACAGAUGGCUCAAAGACGACUGAAGCACUAAAUGCCGAGCCGGAGCCGAGGGAUGUUGACGAUGGUGUGAAUAUGGCACCAUGGCAGAGGACGUGCUCAGAGACUCCUCACUGUCCUUAAAGACGGCCGUCCUGCGUGCGGCGGACGUUCCUCUGUCCGUCUUUUCCUCCCUUCCACAGGUGAGCCUGAGCUCUGGCACUAAGAAGCUCGUGGCCGUUGCUGCCUUCGGCGCCGUCUCCGUCCUCUUCCUCGCCCGUCGCUUCAGGAGGCGGAAGGGGAAGAAAAAAGUGGUGCAGGAGCAGAAGAGGUCUGACUUCCUCUCCACGCUUCCACCACUGAAAGAUGCUGCUUGCACCCGUCCGAACCUCAGUUUGUGUCUGAACUCGAAGAGCGGCUUUUCCCGUCACACUGUGUCUAACGGUGGCUUACACAGCAAACUCUCCAGCUCCCUGCAGAGUCUGAACUCGGUGAAGAGUGUGAACUCUUGCAGCGAGGGCACCAACGGAUCGGCUUGCUGGGACGGAACGGACGAUGGCGAUCUGCGUAACGUCGUCACGACUCCAGAAAACCUCUACCUGAUGGGUAUGGAGUUGUUUGAGGAGGCGCUACGACGCUGGGAAGAGGCGCUAAGUUUCCGCAGCCGGCUAGCUGACGACGAGGCAGAGUGCUGUUCUGUAAAACUGGGAGCCGGAGACGCCAUCGCCGAGGAGACCGUAGAGGACAUCAUCAGCGGCGAGUUCAUCCGUAAGCUGGAGUCUCUGCUGCAGAGGGCGUAUCGGCUCCAGGAGGAGUUCGAAGGAGCGGUGGGAUUCACGGAUCCGUCUUCACACCACAGCGAGAAACACCCCGAAGGUUCCGCGAGAGACGAUCUGGAUGACUCGUGCUGGAGAGACACCUUGAGCAUCGGCUCCACUGACUCGUUCGUGUCUGCUGCAGAGCUGUCUGAGCAUAAGAGUGCCUUGGGUCUCAGCUCUCUCUGUCGUUACCCGUUCUACGAGGAGGCUCUGCAGAUGGCCGAGGACGGGAAAGUAUCCUGUCGAGUUCUCCGAACUGAGAUGCUUGAAUGCCUUGGAGACACAGAUUUCCUCGCCAAGCUGCACUGCAUCCGCCAGGCUUGUCAGGUCAUUCUCCAAGAAAUGUCGACUCAGAAGUUUCUGGCUGACACGGGCAAAAAGAUCUUGUCCUCAAUAAUCGUGAAAGCCAGAAAGAACCCUAAGAGAUUUGAGGAAGUUUACGAGGAGAUGAUCGGCUUCCUGGAGCAGAGGGAGCACUGGGAGAAAACCGAAGCCGAGCUCUCUACGAGAGGAGUAAGGCAUUUAAACUUCUACGACAUCGUCCUCGACUUUAUCCUCAUGGACUCUUUUGAGGAUCUGGAGAAUCCGCCCAUGUCCAUUAUGAAUGUCGUUAACAACCGCUGGCUUAACGAUGCCUUCAAAGAAACCGCGGUGGCAUCAAGCUGCUGGUCUGUUCUAAAGCAGAAGCGACAACAUGUGAAGGAUCAGGACGGCUUUAUCGCUCACUUCUACGCGGUGUGUGAGCACAUCAGCCCCGAGUUAGCGUGGGGUUUCCUGGGGCCUAAAAGCUCCCUGCAUGACUUCUGCUGCUUCUUCAAGGAGCAGGUGCUGCUCUUCCUGAAGGACAUCUUCGAUCUGGAGAAGGUGCGUUACUCUAGCGUGGACACUCUGGCCGAAGACGUACUGCACCUGUUGCACUACCGAGCCGAGUUGCUUCUGAGCUACUCGGGCUCUGACUGCACCCCCCACGCUAACGGCUGCGUCGGUACGAUGUCCCGGCUGGUGCCCGGCGCCCUGCCCGAGACCCGGGUGCAGUGAGAAACUCUCCACCGAUUCGGAAUUUCAUCCAUCCUUAAACAGGAAGAACAACGUCUUUUACAAUCAGUGCUUUGUUUUUGACUUUUCUAUAUUGAUAAAGGUCAAAGUGUAGCAUGUAGUCGAGUGAAACUAUUAUAACGUGCUGCUCUAUUUGGAGUGAUCACACUUGGUAUUUGUAUGAAGUAUUUAUUUCAUAUCUGUUUUUAUUCUUGAAAUGAAUGAUCGACUGAUCUCAAAAUGUGAAUGAGUGCUGGGAAUUGGAUCGAAUGUCAUUCAAAAAGGCCCUACCUCUGACUAGAAUUGUCCAAAAUUGUCCAAAAUUAAUACCCACUUCUUACUUUUUGAUAGAUGAACCAGAAAUUUGGGCUUUUAAGAGUCUUUUUUUUUUUUUUUUUUUUUUCUCUUUUCACCAAGAGUGCAUACUGUAUAGCAACGGAGGACGGAUUAUUUUAAAUAUCACAUACUGGUCAUUUUGUUGUGACAAUAAUAAGGCUUACUGUUAGCACCUGUAUUGUGUUCUCAAGUUUGAAGUAAAUGUUGGAUGUGUUUCUUUUUUUAUUAUUCAAAAUUUUAACAAAUUAUAAGACAGAUGGUUCUUUAGUCAUGACUUGGCUGAGGGACUGUCAUUGUGUCUAAAAGGGUGGAGCUUAAGUUAAAUCAGCCAUUUGCAAAAUUGAUCAUAUAAUAUAAUAUAUUAUAAGCUAGUUAACGGUACGUGUCACUAGCUAGCUAGUUACCACUAGCUAACUAAUAAUGAUUGCGUCGAUACAAUAAAUCAGGAGUCGAGUUCACUGAUGUUUGUUAAAUUACCGUGGUGAAGUUAUACACUCUGAUUUGUGAUUAAUUAAUGAAAUUUAACAUAAGUUCCACCCUUGUUAAUACUUUAAUGCCAGGAUGUGAGCUAAACUGCCUGUUCAGUUGUUAAGCUAAAUGCUAAAUAUUUAUUCUAAAAGAACUUGGAUGUAUUUUGUCUAAUUACCACAUUAUUUUUCUGUAAAAAUGUCCAAAGAUUGUGCUGCUACAAUGUCAAAUUUAUGAGCUAAUAAAAGGCCAAUGGAAAGUG